AGGGAUCUAUAGAGCGUGCGAAGGGCCAGCUGGACAGAGUAUGCACUAUGAGAACAUUACUACCACAUUUUUUUACGGAUUGGAAUAUAAAAACAGAUUUUGCCAGUGCAACUGAACCUGUGUGGACAAUCUUGCUGCCAAAGUUGACAGAUGAGCACUACAGAGUGGAAGUCGUGAAGUUUAACAACGUUCCACUCCACCCUUCUCAAAACAUGGAAUUCUUUAGAUCGACUAUUGUUCUGUCAGAAUAUAUUAGAGCUCACGACUACAUGAAUGGAUUUCUAGUAAUCGUGGAUAUUUCUGAAGUAAAGCUUGUGGAUAUUUUGCCCAAGAUAAAUCUUAUGUAUUUAAGACAAGCUUUGUCUAUAUACAUCGAGGGUUAUGGAAUGAGAGUUAAAUCAAUUCAUUUGGUGACGACAUCGAAAGUACUAGAUACACUUUUGGCGGUCAUUAAACAAGUUAUGAGCCCUAAAAUUGCUGGGAGAGUUCAUAUUCACAAAACCAUGGAUGAAAUAAAUGAGUUCGUUCCAAAACGCAUUCUUCCAAAGGAUUAUGGUGGUGAAGAGCGCUCUAUAAAAGAAUUAUAUGAGGAAUGGCUCGAAGUACUUACAUCUGAUGAUCAUAUAAAAUAUAUGCGCGAUAUAAAUGAAGCGCGUACCGACGAAGUUUACAGACAGAGUGACAAGUUCAAUGAGCAGUGCGCUGGAAUGCCCGGCACUUUCAGAUUAUUAAGCAUUGAUUAAAGUAAUAAGAAAGUUCCGUGAAAAAAAAUUUGAACAAAUUUUAUAUUGUUACAAUAUAUCACAUGUAUCAUUCGAUGGGUCGAUUGGUACCAUUACAUUAAAAUAAUUUGGAACUGCUAACGUCUAUAAAUCCAUAUUUUAAGCUAGGAAAAAACAAAUCAAA